AUGGCGGACAUGAUGCGACAGACUACUCCUCCCCUCCAGACCCAAGAUAUCCCUCCUACCUCUCCUCCAAUCUCGGCCGCCUCCUCUCCGGCGCCUCCGUCAAAAAAGCGAUCCAGAUCACCGUUGUCGCUUGAUCUUUCCUCACUGCCGCCACUUUCGCAGCCAGCACCGCCAUCCAACACCCUCCUGAUAACACGCCUCGAUGACCCCAAGAUUUUCCACCCAGCCUCUCUGGCUACCAUUAAAGAACACAUCAACGACAUUGCGUCGCUAAACUCGUUCUCGCCGCUCAAGUCCAUGCACCGCAUCAUCUGCUCCUUCUAUGACGUAGAUUCGGCGAUCAACGUGCGGCAGGUGUUUGAUGGCGCCGCCAUCAUGGGAAACUCGGUCGCAAAAUGCUAUUUCGGAGAGCCUACGCCUAUAGGAGACGAGAAAAAGUAUCUCGAACGCCCAGAUGCCGGCCGGUUAUUCUUCAUCAGUCCUCCGCCCAGCCCGCCGAUCGGCUGGGAAAUGAAACAUGAAGACCCCCCGAACAAGGAGGUGCAUGCAGAGGAUCUGGCGGAAAAGCUGGCCAAGUUGAGCGGGAAAAUGACAGUCCCGGCCGACGAGUCUUCCGAUGACGAGUCUAAGAUGCAAUACACUGCCGAGGCGCUACAUAAGCUGAAGACAUCCCGGGCACAAGCAUUCUCCGCGAUCUCCGCAGAGGUGUCUCCCACAGGGUCGUCGCCAAAUAAGCACCGCAGCCGUAGCUCGACCUUGAUCUACGAUCCCAAGGCUCACGGCGACAGCCCGGGACUUCCCGCGGUGAUGCUUGAGACGGAGGACGAUUCGGAAGUCGAGUUGGAAGAACCCGACAAAAAGGUCAUGGCUCAUACAGCCAGGCCGCCAGUCGAAUUGAUGGAACACUGA